UCCGGAGCGCAGCAGAGUGCUGUAGGAGGGCUGUUGUGUGCGGGACGCAGUCUCUCUCUCUCUCUCUCUCUCUCUCUCUCUCUCUCACUGUGCUGUAGACGGACUGAGGAGGCUGAGCUCCACAUUUCAGCGGCAGAUCUCACCGGAUAAACUCACAGCCACGAGAGGAGAAGCGCUGCGUAAAGACGCGCGCGAAGAGUUCACGUUUUACGCGUCUUUAUUUCUUCAUUCUGGGAUCUUUUUCCAACAUUUUCAAAGCAAGAAAGGACUUUGUUUUUGCUUUGGUUACCUCUCCCUGCAUGGAUUUAGAGCUCUGAGCGGACUUUGCCCAGCGGAUCCACAGCUCCUUCCUCCGCUCACGGCAGCUGUCGUUCACGUAUGUUCCGGGCUCUCUUUCUUUUGAUGGAUUUAUAAGCUCCUGGAGAAGGAUACACAAGGAGGAUUCCAAAUGAGGAUUUCAAUAUUGAGUCGUAUCGACCGGGACCAGAAGUGAUCUCUCUCUCUCUCUCUCUCUCUCUCUCUCUCUGGCUGGUGCCAGUCAGCGCUGCUGAGCGGACGGACCGGGAGAAAAGGAUCCAGAUUUAGAGACUUUGUGGGUAUCUGGAGCUUCCGAUGCCAGCGACCGGAGUGUGAGGCCAAUCUCAGGCUUCAGACGUAUAUAUUUCUGCCUUUCAACCACAAGACACACACAUGAGAAGAUGGCGAGGGUCUGCACGUUCUGCGUUGUCCUGCUCUGUCUGAUGGACGGAGCCUCGGCCAGAGCCAUCGACGAAGGACGGACCAAAGAUCUUCGGGUCUCCAGGCCUCUGAUCGUUCCAGGUUACCCAGAAAACACCACAGGGUUGGUGGGCGGUCAGGCGAAGCUGGUGUGUAAAGUCCACCGACCAGCGUCCACAAAGGUGCAGUGGCUGAAGACGGAGGCCAGCGCCCCGGGACGCAGCCAGGGAGGACACGCGCCUCGCGUCCGAGCUCUGACGGCCCUGCAGAGCAACGCGUCCAAGGUGAACACUUUGCACCUGUCCAACAUCACCCUGGAGGACGCGGGCGAGUACAUCUGCAUGGCAGAGAGCACACACGCAGGGCAGACGGUGCAGGCGAUGCAGUCGGCGUGGCUGGAGGUCCUUCCUGGUACCAUCAUUUCCCGAACUGUGGAUCUGACUGCUGCUGAAAUCCCCUCAGAUGUUUUCGAGGACCUGAGUGAAGACACCACCGAACAUCUUCUGUUGGAGCCGGGCAACGUACUGAAACUGCGCUGCGACAUGAGCACCCGGCCCGGCAUGGCGGUGAACUGGUACAAGGAGGGAGGUCGGGUUCUGCCCACGCCUCGCAUCCAGAUCCGCGGCGCUAUCAUGGAGAUCACAGACGUCACCUACGAGGAUUCAGGCAUUUAUGUUUGUGUUCUCCGGGGAAGCAAAGAGCCUGUGAGGAACUUCACCAUCACUGUGGCAGACUCGUUGGGGUCGGGAGACGAUGACGAGGAUAACGGUUUGGAGGACUCGUCAGCUGAGAUCGAAAACGACCAGGUUUACUUCUCCAGAGGACCCUACUGGACCCACACCCAGCGUAUGGAGAAGAAGCUGUAUGCGGUUCCUGCAGGCAACACGGUGAAGUUCCGUUGUCCAGCUAUGGGCAGCCCCAUGCCAAGCAUCCGCUGGCUCAAAAAUGGACGUGAAUUUAGGGGAGAGCACCGCAUCGGGGGCAUCAAGCUGAGACACCAGCACUGGAGCCUGGUGAUGGAGAGCGUUGUGCCGUCAGACAGAGGAAAUUACACCUGCGUGGUGGAGAACAAGUACGGCUCCAUCGCUCACAGCUACGUCCUCGAUGUUCUGGAGCGUUCCCCACACAGGCCUAUCCUGCAGGCCGGACUACCAGCCAACACCACAGCAGUGGUGGGCAGCGACGUCCAGUUCCACUGUAAGGUCUACAGCGACGCCCAGCCUCACAUUCAGUGGCUCAAACACAUAGAAAGGAACGGCAGCCGCUACGGUUCUGAUGGGACACCGUAUGUUCAGAUCCUCAAGACUGGCAGUCUGAACAUGUCAGAGGUGGAGGUUCUCUACCUGUCCAAAGUUACCAUGGAAGAUGCAGGAGAGUACACCUGUCUGGCUGGAAAUUCAAUCGGAUUUGCCCACCAGUCCGCCUGGCUCACCGUCAUCUCAGAGGAGGAAGCAGCAGUUGCUAUGGACACCAUGGAGACCAAGUACACCGACAUCAUCAUCUACGCCUGUGGCUUCCUGGCUCUGAUCAUGGCCCUCGUCAUUGUGGUGUUGUGUCGAAUGCAGGUCCAUCCGAGGAGGGAGCCGUUUGAUGCCCUCCCUGUCCAGAAGCUCUCCAAGUUUCCUCUUCGCAGACAGUACUCGGUGGAAUCCAACUCCUCAGGGAAGUCCAGCGCGUCUCUGAUGAGGGUGGCUCGCCUCUCGUCCAGCUGCUCCCCAAUGCUUGCUGGAGUCAUGGAGUUUGAACUGCCCUACGACCCGGACUGGGAGUUCCCCAGGGAGAAUUUAACGUUGGGUAAACCUCUAGGAGAAGGCUGCUUCGGUCAGGUGGUCAGAGCGGAGGCCUACGGCAUCAACAAGGACUGUCCGGACCCGGCAGCCACUGUGGCGGUUAAGAUGCUCAAAGAUGACGCCACAGACAAAGAUCUGGCAGACCUCAUCUCGGAGAUGGAGCUGAUGAAGGUGAUGGACAAACACAAGAACAUCAUCAACUUGCUUGGAGUUUGCACACAGGAUGGCCCUCUGUAUGUGCUGGUGGAGUACGCCUCCAAAGGCAGUCUGAGGGAGUACCUGCGUGCCCGGCGACCCCCAGGCAUGGACUACACCUUUGAUGUGACCAAGGUGCCUGAAGAGCAGCUCACCUUCAAAGACCUGCUGUCCUGCGCCUACCAGGUUGCCAGAGGGAUGGAGUACCUCGCCUCUAAAAGGUGCAUCCACAGAGAUCUGGCAGCUAGAAACGUUCUGGUGACGGAGGACAACGUGAUGAAGAUCGCCGACUUUGGCCUGGCCAGAGGAGUCCACCAGAUAGACUACUACAAGAAAACCACCAAUGGACGGCUGCCGGUGAAGUGGAUGGCACCGGAGGCGUUGUUUGACCGAGUGUACACGCACCAGAGCGACGUGUGGUCGUUUGGCGUUCUGAUGUGGGAAAUCUUCACGCUGGGCGGCUCGCCGUACCCUGGUAUCCCCGUCGAGGAGCUCUUCAAGCUGCUGAAGGAAGGACACCGAAUGGACAAACCCUCCAACUGCACACAUGAACUCUACAUGAUGAUGCGCGAGUGCUGGCACGCUGUCCCCACCCAGAGACCGACCUUCAAACAGCUGGUGGAGGAGCUGGACAAAGUGCUGCUGUCCAUCUCCGACGAGUACUUGGACCUGUCGACACCCUUCGAGCAGUACUCCCCGUCGUGCGAGGACACAUCCAGCUCCUGCUCCUCCGACAACGACUCCGUUUUUACCCACGAUGCCUUGUCCACCGACCCCUGCCUCCUGGGCUACCAGGACGUGCGCUCGCGGAUCGACAUGAAGACGGCGCUCCGAUAGACUGAAGGCACACAGACACGAACACAACAACACUACAAAGGGCUUUUCGAGUAACUGGCGGCCACAUUGGAGGUCCAUUCCUAAAGUUAAGUUAAAGUUUUAAAGUUUCCGGACCUCCAUUACGGCUCCAGUCGAAGCCCUUUUAGAUAUAGGAGGACAUUUAAACACGCACAUAAAUAACACAUACAGAGACACAUGUAUGCACAUGGAGCACUGAGGCCGGUGGGCUUCUUUACAUGAUGAAGGUUUGAAGAGAAACAUUUCAUUGUGGGCAGAAGAGGAUGAAACAAAACGUGGUACUUUGGACUAUCAGCUCUGGCACUGUGCCCAAGAACAGUUGUAAUGUUGGAAAACUGCGGCACUAAACAGAAGAGACCCUGGUACUCGAACGCCUCCUUCAGAGAGGUGGCGGACAGCCUCACACAACCCAAAAACCAGGGCUCAAAACCUCGGUGAUAAAAGACAUUUUAACAAAAAAAAAAAAGAUUUAUUUUGCUAUGAUAUAAAAAGAAGAAACUGAUUGUUAAAUAUAAAUCUCUUUAUAUAAGAUUAUUUUACUUUUGUGUUGCUUAUUUAAAAAAAAAAAGAGUCUUAAAUCUCAGGAUCUCUUGUGCUAAGAAAGUUGCUGUAGCGGCAGCAAAGUGCCUGAAUUUAUGAUUUCCUGUGAAUAUAUUAGAAUAUUAAAAUAUUGUAUGUACAUAUCAACAACAGAAAAAACGAUUGCCUUUUAUAAAUUAUUCUGAAUGACGCAAAAAUGAAGGUUAUUGGAGGGCGAGAAGGAAGAGAGGAAUUUAAUCAAGUGCCAAACCCGUCACCGCUGUCUUCAUGUUCCCAUUUCAUUCCAAAACGCCACCAAAUAAUUCAAUUUAGACUCCAAUGAGCUCCCAAAAUGUAAAUAAAACCAACAGUGGAGUCAGAAAUCACAAACUAAGUUAAAAGUUGGUUUACAUGAGCAGCUUCUGCAAACAAAAAAUUCUCAUUUCUCAGCAAACCUCAAACGUAUGUGGUCAAAAAUAAUAGUCGAUUGUCUAAAGACACUUAAAUUUGGUAAAUUUUGGAAUGAAACUCUGUUUUGUAGUAAACUGCUUCGACCUCCACAAUAAUUUGUGGUUUAUUACGAGCAGGAGCCCAGUUCUUGUUGCUGUUGUUGGACGAAAACCACAGCUUGGAUGCAUUUUUAUAGUUAGAAAACGAGUUCUUAAAACACCGAAAAAGGUCACGAUGCUGACUCCUUUACACGUAGAGACAUUACGUGGUCUUUUCUCUAACAACAGCUUUCAGUCUCUGCCUCAGGGACAGUGUGUCCAGGGUGGGACUCGUCCUGAAAGGAGGGUCUGACGAUUCAGCAAGGGGACUCUGUUGGGGAUCUGGCCCAAGCCUACUGUCACUGACAAGGAGAGGAGGGCAGGGAGGGGAGGGUGCAGGGUACUGAAUGUGAAAGCCAGUGUGAUUGAUUUCAAAUAGAGGAGAAGGGGGAGGGACCCUCCUUUGUCUGGCUGUAACCCUUCACCCAGCCCAAUCUGUUGGCGAGGGGUCCUCAGGUCCGCAGCCUGGCCGGACAAUGAAGGCUUUGCAGGCUUUUAAUGGGUGUGACUACGGACCAGAGGGAGUUGUAGGGGGUGGUGGUGGUGUGGGGAUAGCUUGGGCUUGUGUGCAAAUGAAGAGGCUCUUAUUAUGUUAAUGUGUCCUCUUCUCUCCCAAACGCCCCUAUCUUUAUCCCCCAUAGCCACCACCUUUUAAAUUACAAAUCUUAAUUCAGAUUCGCCGCUGCCAACGGGACCAGCUGCAGAAAAUUCCCCUGUGGGGUAAAAAAAUGCCAACCGGGUCCCCGAAUCUGACCACAGGCCCAAACAAAUGAGACACAAACAAAUUAACCGCUGACAGUUUGUGUGGAAGCAGAUUUUAACAAAAAGAGAUCAAAUUGUCUGAUCGGCUGAUGUGAGAUCCAUCAACCCUGUUCGGCGAGUUUUGUGAGUUUCUCCUGUACUUAGAUAUGCUAAAUGCUAAGCUAGUCUAUGUUGAAAACACAACCACAGUUUGAAGACUGUUAACAAAAUGUUAGCUAACUAACAAUUGAAGGAGAAUAGUUAGUUAACUGACGUUUUGCGUUCUUUAAGACGUGACUAUAUAUGUCUCUCUUAUCUUUUAACGCUCUUUAAAAUGUCGUCUUUUCAACACAGAUUAGCCUAGCAUAGCAUAUCUAAGCACAGGAAAGGAGGAAGCUCACUGAGACUUUUACUGAUAUAUUGAUUUAAUUGAUUAUUAUAAAAGCUGGUCUGACGAGCUCGCCGCCUCCUUCCGUCUCCUGAACAAACGUAUUAUCUUGCCGUUACUCUCUGGUCCUUUUUAUCUUUCAAGUGUUUCGAGAGUUUAAAUAAAAGGGUUUCAUUCCAAAAUGCAUCUUCCUGUGUGUAAAACCCGACAACGAAGGAUUCAUGUGUCGUCUCUGCUCGUGUGUUUCGUCGUCAUUUUGAAAUGAAGCUCUUAAAGUUUUGAAUCUUUAAUUACAUUCCAGUUAUCUGCUCGUCUCCCAGAUACAAACUGUAAACAACCACAGUGUUCUUAAACAUUUCCUCAAGAGAAUUAUUUUAGAAAUAUCUAAUUUAUUUGUUUAUUGUUUUGUUUUUAUAUGAAAUAAAGUAUAAUUUAAAAUAAA